CUAACUCACAUAAGCACUCUUUAUGAUGAACCUAAGAAGCUUAUUUACUUUAUAUGGGACUUGACGACUUCUUGUUGAUGAAAACACUUCUUCUAAAGUUCUUGUAUGCCUUGUACGAAAUGUGUGCCCGAUAUGGGAUAUAAAGCUCAGCCAAUCAUCAUGUUCUACAUAUCCAUUGCUUUUUUUCUCUUCUAAUGAAACUUGCAUUCGCUUUGUUCAAUCUUGCCUUUUUGCCUGUCUUAUUGGCAUCUAAUGAAGUCCCUGAAAUAGAAGAAGGUUUCGAACACGUAACUUGUGGAAGCACCAUUAAACUGACCAACAAAGCCAGUGGAUAUAAAUUACAUUCUCAUGGCGUAACUUAUGGUAGUGGAUCUGGUCAACAAUCAGUUACUUGUUUCCCUAAUACAGAUGAUGCCAACAGUUUUUGGAUUAUUGAAGCAGCAUCUGGCAAGUCAUGCAAGAGAGGAGAAAUUGUCCCUUGUGGGUCUUCGAUUCGCCUGAGACAUCCUAAUACACAAGGCUAUCUUCAUAGUCACCAACAUCAAUCGCCACUUUCUCGACAACAAGAAGUCAGUUGCUAUGACGGCAAAGACACAGGCGAUAAUUGGCGUGUAGAGUGUUUGACAGGUGAUAAAAAAUCAUGGUUACGAGAAGAACCAGUUCAAUUGUUGCAUGAAGAUACCUCUGCUUAUCUAAGCAGUUCUACUAACUAUCAAUUUGGUCAACCUAUUCCUGGUCAACUUGAAGUAGCUGCAUCUAAGAGUGCAUCCAAAAACACACAGUGGAUGGCACAGGAAGGUGUCUAUUUUGCAGCAAAAUAAGAUAGCGCUGUUCAAAAAAAUAAAAAUAAAAAUGAAUU